AUGCAGGCAGCGAAGGAGGAUUCAGUCGGCGAGCUGCAGACGCUGCUGGCAGCUGGUACGGACGUGGGGGCGAGGGAUGAGGGCGAGAUGAGGUUUACCGCCCUGCACUGGGCAGCAGUGAAGGGACAUGAGAAGGCUGCGAGGUGCCUGGUGGAGGGUGGAGCAGAGGUGGACGCCAGGAGCAGCGGCUGGCAGGAGACGCCCCUGCACAGGGCUGCAUAUUGUGGCCACGAGGCUGUGGCGCGGCUGCUGCUGGAGGCAGGGGCGGAGGCUGAUGCCAGGAACAAAACGCAGACCACGCCCCUGCAUGCGGCUGCAUUGAAAGGCCACGUGGCUGUGGUGCGGCUGCUGCUGGCGGCCACUCCUUACCACAGCGCCAGGAAUCAGUUUGGGGGAACGCCGCUGCACUACGCGGCUGAGAACGGCCACGCAGACGCGGCAUCUGCACUGCUCGAGGCUGGAGCCGACCGUCUGGCCAGGAAUAACGACGGGAAAACCCCACUGGACCUCGCCAGGCAGAACAACCACCAGCAGCUGAUAGGCAUGCUAACGUGAAGCUAGCAGUCUGACAGACGUCCUUGGAGUAAAACGAAAAGAACCCCAUUCCAUGACUUCUUCAUUAUUAAAAUAAAUAUAUGUAUAGUA